AGCUUAAAGGCCCCACACUAAGUGUCAUCAGUGGACUUGAGCUGAACUUCUAUCCUUCCAGCGGCGCUGUGCUCAGCCUAAGUGCUCAAGUCUGGACUCUGACAAGCACAUGAAGGGGAGAAGACAUUAAAAGAGGAGGCGGGAGGAUGUCAGUGGAGGUGGACGUGUUGCUGCAGGAGGCCAAGGAGAGCAUCGAGGCAGCUCAGAACUAUCGCAGUGAGCUCCAGCAGCGCUUGCAUGGCCUCAACCAGGCGCGCAAACAGGUGCGGGGCAGCUCCGGUCAGGCCCGCGAGGCCCUCCGGAGGCACUUCGCAGAACUGCAAGCGGCGGCGACCGGUCUGCUGUCGGAGCGACUGAGCGUCUUGCUGUCCGAGGUGGACGCCGUGGAGGCAGACAGCAUCAAGCCUCUGGACGACUGCCAGAGCCUCAUCGAGCAUGGUGUGAGCCAGGCGGACGAGCUCCUACGAGACGGUGAAGCCGCCCUGCGCUGUGGUCUCGGCGAGAAAGAGGACAAACUGGGAAGCUUCACAAAGAAGGCUAUGCACAUCCAGUUGGACAGCCUCCCUGAGGUUCCGGCUCUGGUGGACGUUCCGUGCGUCUCAGCCCAGCUGGACGACUCCCUGCUGGGCCUCCUGCGGGAGCGCGUGUGCCGUCACGGCUCUGUGGCGUCCCACCCGCCUGUGCUGAUAGAAGAACUGCAGGAGAGACCGGGCAGCAUCCUGGUGCGCUGGUGUAAGGUGGAUGAAGACUUUGCCGCCGCUGAUUAUCGGCUGCAGCACCGGCGAGCCGGCAACGGGGGAAGCCAAUACGAAGACGCCUACAUCGGUCGGGACUGUGACUUCCUGGUCCUGCACCUGGACGCUCACACGGACUACUUGUUCAGGGUGUGCGCCCGCGGGGAGGGUCGCACCGAGUGGAGCCCCUGGAGCAUCCCGCAGACUGGAUACACCACCCUGGCGCCACACGAGUGGAGUCCUGGCACUGAGGGCUACAUCCUGGGCAGCAGGAGGAACGUGGCCUUGAGGAAUGACUCCUCCCAAUCUGGCUGCCCCGUCCUCUAUUCCAACGCACCCACCUACUUCUGUGGCCUCACACUCACCUUCAAAAUUACGGCAUCAGGCCACCCAGAUCGGAGGGACAGUCUGGGCGUGUGCGUGGAUGGAAGAGGAGCAGGGGGUCAAAGGUCACUCCAGAGCGACAAGGCGGUCUGCAUCUCCACCAACGGCGCCGUCUUCGUGAACGGCAAAGAGAUGACCAAUCAGCUUCCCGCCAUCAGCCUGGGCUCGGCCGUGACCUUUGACAUGGAGGUGGUGGGCGUGCUCCCGGUCAACAACAACAACGUGAUCGAGGGCGGCGGCUUCAAGCUGAGGGUCACCAUCGGCUCAGGUAGCAGGGAGGUGGUGUUUGAUUGGCUGCUGGAGCAGGCGGUGGACGGCCUCUUCUUCGGAUGCUCCUUCGUCCACUCGGGGUGGAAAGUUCUCGUCUUUUAACUUUUCUUUGGUCUCUUUGUACUUCUCAAUGUCAAGCGUGAGGCUUUUUCACUUCUCACGUCUGCAGGACUCUCACUUUCAUUUCCCUCCACAACUUGGAAUUAGCCAUACUGAUGAUGACAUCAUAGGCCCCGCCUCCUCCCCUUAAAGUCGUCUUGUUUACAUAUUCGAAGGCGGAAAAGUGACAAGCUCGUGAAAGUCGAUCGCUUUUUAUUCUUCGGUGUGUUUAUGUCAGAGGUCGGCAACCCGCGGCUCCGGAGCCGCAUGCGGCUCCUUGACCACUCUGAUGCGGCUCAGCUACAUACAUGCCGACGCCCCCGAUUCCCCCAGGAGAUUUAUGGAUCUCAGUGUCUCUCAUAGAUAACUCCCAGGGAUAAAUAAUCCUAUUUACGCUGUAAUUACUAGAUAAAGGGCGUGCCCUACUUUCACUGCAGUAAUUGUCCUCUAUAACAUACAGCGUGCCAGUCCAGCCACAUGUUGCAUGUUGUUAUUACUUGCACACACAGGAGACAGCAAAGCAUACUUACUCAUCAGCCACACAGCUUACACUGACGGUAGCCGUAUCAAACAACUUUAACAUUGUUACGUUACAAAUAUGCGCCACACUGUGAACCCACACCAAAAAAGAAUGAAAAACACAUUUCUGGAGAACAUCCCACCGUAACACAACAUAAACACAACACAACCAUUACCCAGAAUCCCAUGCAGUCCUAACUCUUCCGGUCUACAUUAUACACCCCCGCUACCACCAAAUCCCCCCACACAUCAACCCCCCCCCCCCUCUCUCUCUCCGUGCGUUGGUUGAGCGGAAGAGUUAGGGCUGCAUGGGAUUCUGGGUAUUGGUACCGUCAGUGUAAGAUGUGUGGCUGCUGAGCUAGUACGGAAGAGUUAGUGCUGCAUGGGAUUCUGGGUAUUAGUACCGUCAGUGUAAGAUGUGUGGCUGCUGACCUAGUACGGAAAAGUUAAUGCUGAAUGGGAUUCUGGGUAUUAAUACCGUCAGUGUAAGAUGUGUGGCAGCUGAGGUAGUAGCCUUGCUGUCGCUUACGUGAACAGGCUGAAACUGCAUUGUACGUGUAGUCGAGCAGGUACACUGUUAGGGCAGACUGUAGAAGGCGCCAAAUGCAGUGCCAUCACGCUCUGAUAUUCGGGAGUCUCUCGGGAAAAAUGAGAGGGUUGGCAAGUAUGACGCUAUCAAGCGCCAAUCAAUUAUUCAUAACUCGCGGGCUGACUAACAUCAAAUGUCCACAUUAAAGUGUGUGCCGGUGCGUGUGUCAGAGACCCCUGGUUAACAUAGCACACAGCAUUUAAGCUUUGUAUGCGGAGUUUUUCACUUUAAAUGUAAAAAAAAUUUUUGUGGCUCCCAUUACUUUCUUUAAUUUGUGAAACUUGCCAAAAUGGCUCUUUGAGUGGUAAAGGUUGCCGA